AUGGUACGCCCCUUAUUCUACAACCGCGACGCCACGGUUAGGUUGGGCCUCCAGAAACCGGAAAUCGGACUCCACGGAUACUGGAAAGAGCGGUUCCGCUCCCGGGAAGUAGUUUCGGCAGAUGCCGGAAGAGAAGGCCCCGGCAAACGGCGAGAGCCUAAGAUGGCGGAGGUGGAGGAAGUGACCGAAGGGUGUAACCUCCCCGUAUUGCGCCGUAACCAAGAAAACGAGGACGAGUGGCCGCUGGCUGAAAUCCUGAGUGUCAAAGACAUCAGUGGCCGAAAACUUUUCUAUGUUCACUAUAUCGACUUCAACAAGCGCCUGGACGAAUGGGUCACCCACGACCGGCUGGACCUGAAGAAGAUCCAGUUCCCCAAGAAGGAAGCCAAGACGCCCACCAAGAACGGGCUGCCAGGAUCCCGGCCCAGCUCUCCGGAACGCGACGUGGUAGGAGGCGCGGGGCUUCGCGGGCGGGAGAGGCGUUCACACGGGAAGG